AUGGCGAGCAGCGCGGACGUGACGACACCACCCGCAGAUGUGCUAUCUGUGAAUGAUUUUCAGAGCUAUCUCUUAGCUACGUGCAUACCGCUUUUCUGUGAGGGCUCGGCGCUUAAUGCAGACAAUUUCAAUGCUGACCUCGCAGAUGCGGGGUCAACCAAUAUUCUUCAACAAUUUGUAACAGACUCAACCACGCGCGUGUUGCAGGUGCAUUGCUCACCCACUCAAUCCGACGAGGAUGUCCAAAUAGUAGACAUGCCAUUUCGCGUGCGCGUGAAUUUGGGCAUUGAAUAUGCUCCUAGGAAGAAAUGCAGCCACGAAGUUGUGUGCUUCAUCAAGCGCUUUAGUGCGCCUUUGGUUAAAGAUCAGACGCUCAGCCACCAGCUGCAAGUCAUGACUCUUGGACUCGGCAAGAUUGAUCGGCCGGAUUCAGCGACUAGUAGCGGGGACAACUCAGAGGAGGAGGAUGAUAGGGGCAACUUGCUCUCGGUUGUAUAUAAUUAUGUGCAUCAAUCCUUCACCCCGCUCGUAAAUGAAUAUUCAAAAGUACACACGCCCCAAAGCGAUUUACCACAUGUUAGCGAGGGCACACGAGGAUUGCCCGCUAUUCGACGCAAAAUGAAGGAGCUAGAGCUCGCGCUAUUACAGUACCAGCAAAACAUUGAAAUUCCCGAGGUGAAUCUUGUAUAUCACCCCGUGAUCCAUCGGGCGGCGGAUUUGAUGCGUCAGAAGGGAAUUUCUAUCGAUAUUGAAGCGCUGGGCCUCGAAGAGAAGGUGGAUGACGUGACGUUUGUUAAUUCCAUUCAAGGAGGUGUAGGAAAGUGGAUCAAAGAGAUUCAGAAAGUCACACGGCUUGUAAACGAGCCACUACCAGGAACAACCACGCAAGAGAUUAACUUUUGGUGCGAUUUGAAUCGCGCAUUACUGACGAUUCAAGAGAAGCUUAACUCGCCCGAGGUGGAGAUCACAUUGGCAGUGUUGCAACGGGCCAAAAGAUACUUGGCCACAGUCUCAUUUACCACAGACCAUGGGCUGGGACCAACACUGCAGCAUGUAGCGAGUGUCAUGACUCUAAUGAAGGAUUUUCCGAUGAAUUCAAUCCUGUCUGCUACGGACCUUACCCAGCUUAAUCAGGGCGUCACGCUUGUCUUUGCUCACCUGAAAAAGAUUCGUAUAGCCGACUCGUACAAACUGUCGCGGUUGUUGCAUCUUGUGGAAGUAAUGUCAAGUGAUUUUACGCAGCAACUUGUUAGCUUGUUGCGUGCUUAUAGCCUAAUUGAGAUGCCUUUUCACCAGUUUGAGCAGCUUGUGCUGUCUUGCAAGGAGCUAUUUACAAAUUGGCAUCGCCAGGUGGCAUCGCUCUAUGACCUCACGAAAGAGAUUUUUAAACGUCGAGGGGGAUCGAUCAAUACGGAAAAGUUGCCACUUCUCGCAGAUUUGCAAAUGGAACAUGCUACAAUUGAAGAGCGACUGCUAGAGCUGUACGAAUUUCGUGAGCAGCAUGAAAAGCUGAGUGAUGUGAUCCACAGAGUAUUAAGUGGCUCGAAUACCAUUGGACUGGGCGAUGCACGUAUUGGGGACGGCAAAAAUGAUGCACUAAUUGAAAUCAACUCAGCUUACGCCCAAUUAAGCUCGCUAGAUCCUCUUGAUAUUUCCAGCGACGGAGUGACCUCUUGGAAAAACUUGCGAAAGGCCUAUGAUCUUUGUAUUGAUCGCGUGGAAGGACGCAUUAUCAACAGCCUGACAAGUCGGCUUAGUACUACAUCAAACGCUGAUGAAAUGUUUCGUGUCUUUUCCAAGUAUAAUGCCCUAUUCUUUCGUCCUCGCAUUCGCAGUGCAGUGCAACAAUUUCAGAUGCAACUAAUCGAAAACGUAAAAGAGGACGUGAGUAACCUACAAGCCAAAUUUCGUGCCCACUAUGCCUACUCGGAAGCGUCUUGCACAAGCAAACUGCGUGAUAUUCCGCCUAUUGCGGGUGCUGUGAUGUGGGCAAAGCAAAUUGAACGAAAGCUGAAAAUGCUUCUUGCUCGUGUCGAAAGUGUUCUUGGCGUUGGCUGGGAGCAACACGUGGAAGGCAAAGCGCUAAAAGCGGCAGCUGAAGCAUUUAUUGUGAAGCUCAAUCCACAGCUUAUCUUUGAUCAGUGGGUAAACGAUCUAGCAUCUAUGCCAAUAUUUGACAUUAAAAAUAUCAUCUUAAAUAUCGUGACGGAAGACACGCCGCAAGGAGCAAGAAAAAAACUUGUGGUGGCAUUUAACCAGCAAAUUGUCACGCUAUUUAAGGAAGUACGAAAUCUCGAGUGGUUAGGCUACCGAGUUCCUUUCACGCUUAAGAUGAUCGCCGAAGAUGCAAAGUCCAAGUAUCCGUUUGCGAUGUCGUUGGACGCCAGUUUGAAGACGUACAUGAGCUCGUGUCAACGCAUCCAGCCGAUUUUCGAGGCAUUGACGGCCACGUACGUUCGUGACGUUCGAGCUACCAUUGGUAAGACGUUUACAAAAGGCAAUGAGAUGCGAUGGCAUGCAGAUGGAUUGGGGGAGUACGUCACCGAAUUGGCUGAACAGGUGGAGCGCCUCCAUGACAAGGUGGAUGAGCUAUUGCAAAAAACAAGUGAUAUUGAUAGUCUUAUGGAAAGCGUCCGUACAAGUUCCAACUUCCACACUGUUGAAGUUAACGCCGCGUUGGUUAAAGUCCAAGCGCAUGUCGACGACUUGAGCCUGGCUGGAUAUGCGAACUUACAAGUGUUUGUAAGGAACUUAAACAAUAUGAUCAGUGAGUUGCUUGGUAAGAAGCUUGAGAUGCUACUGCAACGUUGGGUGUAUUGCUUCGGGCCUCAGUCUGACGAGAAGAUGUUUCAAGCUGCUCUCACCGAAGCUGGACUUUCUGUGACAACCCAUCAAAUAUUACUGAAGAAUCAAGUGCUGUAUUUAGAGCCUAGUGUCAGUGAUGCGCGUCGCGAUUGGCUCACUCAGCUUCAAAAUCUACUAAACUCUGUCUGUGACCUGCCCAAAAUUCAGACAUCCUCCUAUGAAAACGUUUAUGGAAAGUCCACGGUGUUGGCUGCAACGUCCUCUUCCCGGAAGACCGCCAGCUCAAGACGACGUGAUGUUGUUUUCAAAGAAGCUCUGAACAAAGUACCCUCAGAUUUGCUCUUAAAAGCGUAUAGUGUGCUGGAUGUGACAUUAAAUGAUGUGGAAAGAUAUGCUUCAUUGUGGCUUCAGUAUCAAGCUCUCUGGGACAUGGAUGCACAAAUUGCCUUGACCAGUGUCGGCGAGGACCUUCUGCAAUGGCAACAAAUAUUGCUUGAAAUAAAGAACGAACGGAAUGCGUUCGAUGCGGUCUCUAACACGAAGCGCUUUGGACCGGUGCAAAUCAAUUACCAGCAUGUGCAAGCACAAGUGAACGUCAAAUAUGAUGCUUGGCAUAAUGAAUUUCUUGCGUUCUUUGGUGAUCUGCUUCGCGACCAGAUCAACUCAUUCUAUUCAACGAUAUCGUCCAAGCGAACGCUUCUAGAACAACAUGCUCUUGAAGCUGCCACAGCACAAGUUGUUGCAGCGAUUACUUUAAUUCAAGAAAUGCGUCAGAUGCGUUCGCAAUGGGAGAAAGCAGUGGAAUCUUUCGAGCAGGGAGAGCGCUUGCUGAAAAAGCAACGGUAUAGAUUCCUGGCUGAUUGGCCAUCACUGGCAAACGUAGAAGGAGAAUGGGAGGCCUUUAUACAGCUGCUAGAACGCAAGACUGCUGCAAUGGAAAGCCAGCUGCCGCAAUUACAAGCUAAGAUAAUGGAAGAGAAGAGUACGCUGGACAGUAAAAUUAGCAAGACCGUGAUAGAAUGGGAUAACUCCAAACCUUUGCAAGGUAAUCAAUCACCAAAGGCGGCAACUGAAGCGCUGAUCGUGUAUGAAACUCGCUUCAAGCUGUUGCGCGCAGAGCAAGAAAAAAUGAAUGCAGCACUCAAUGCUCUAAAUAUCUCGUACGUGUCAGGAAUGGGUGGUCCCACAUUUGGUGAUGAGCUCGGUUCGUACAAUGAAUUCUACAGAGCUAUGGAAGAGCUGACUAGUUUAAAUGAGGUAUGGAAAUGCAUUUCCAAGGUUUGGGUUCAUGUUGAUGAGCUGCAAGAUACGCUAUGGUCUGCGGUGCAUCCUCGCAAAGUGCGGAAACAGCUUGAUGAGUUCAUUGAUGAAAUGCGCCGCUUUCCUGCCCGAGUCCAGCAGUAUGAACCUUUUGAACAUUACACAUCGCUCAUUCAGUCGCGCAAGGCUAUUAAUUCACUUCUUUCGGAGCUGAAAUCAGACGCUGUUCGCGACCGGCACUGGAAGCAGAUCUUAAGGCUACUAAAUAUCUUGUCGCCUUUCACCGAACUGACACUUCGAGAUUUUUGGGAAUCUAAGCUUUCACACAACGACAAUGAACUUAAAUCGAUUAUCCGUACGGCUCAAGGAGAGAUGGCUCUCGAUGAGUUUUUACGACAAGUGUCGGACUACUGGACGAAUUACCAAUUGGAUCUGGUCAACUACCAAAAUCGGUGUCGAGUGAUUCGUGGUUGGGACGAAAUGUUUGCAAAACUGGAUGAGCAUCUUAAUAGUCUGGGCAGUAUGAAACAGUCGCCCUAUUACCGCGUUUUCGCUGAGCUUGCUUCCAGCUGGGAAGACAAACUUACUCGAAUUCGUAGUAUUUUGGACUUCUGGAUCGAUGUGCAACGACGCUGGGUAUACUUGGAAGGUAUCUUUUUUGGGUCGGCGGAUAUCAAGCAGCAAUUGCCGAAAGAAUUCGCACGUUUUCAAAGUGUCGACAAUGAGUUCACCUCGACUAUGAAGCGCGUUGCCCACAAACCAAUGAUUGUGGAUGUUGCCAACAUUCCGAACUUGUAUCAUUCGCUUGAGCGUCAACAAGACAUGAUGGGUAAUGUUCAGCGUGCCCUGGGCGAAUACUUGGAGCGCCAGCGCGCUGCUUUUCCUCGCUUUUACUUUGUGGGUGACGAAGACUUGUUGGAAAUGAUUGGUAAUAGCAAGGAACCGAUGCAGAUCCAGCGCCAUCUGUCUAAAAUGUUUGCUGGCAUUUCGUCGUUUGAGAUGGAGCAUACUACAGGUGUCAUUACUGGAAUGGCUUCACGUGAAGGCGAAGUUGUGUUGUUUAAAGAACCUGUGAAGACAGCUGAAGAUACCCGCAUCAAUAUAUGGUUGAGCAAGAUAGAAGAUCAAAUGCGAAAGACCCUAUCACUACUUUUAGAGGAAGCCGUAUGCUCUUGUCCAACAGAUGGUAAUGGCGAUACAUAUUUAAAGUGGGUUUCAGAGUUUCCGGCUCAAGUCAUUAUUCUUGCUACUCAAGUUAAAUGGUCAAAUGAAGUUGAAACCGUCUUCAAAGCUGGUGACAAAAAUUUGUUGGUAGUUGUGGAGCAGCUGGAUAAGCUGUUGAUAAUUUUGAGCGAGCGCGUUCUCACGGAUGUAAAGAAUGAUGUGCGAAAAAAGUACGAACAGUUGAUUACUGAGCUAGUGCACCAAAAAAGCAUCACAAAACGGUUAAGCCAGGCUAAGGUAGACAGUGCCGAAGAUUUUCGCUGGCUUUAUCACAUGCGCCACUACUUCCAAGCGAAGGAGCCGAAUCCGCUAAAGAAACUGACAAUUCGAAUUUCUAAUGCCAGCUUUCUGUAUGGAUUUGAAUACUUUGGUGUUGGUGAAAGGCUUGUGCAAACUCCACUUACCGAGCGUUGCUAUCUCACAUUGACACAGGCGCUAGACUUUGGUAUGGGUGGAAAUCCAUUCGGUCCUGCAGGCACAGGUAAAACGGAGUCAGUGAAGGCAUUAGGUUCCCUUCUGGGUCGCUUUGUGCUGGUCUUCAACUGUGACGAGCACUUCGAUUUUCAGGCCAUGGGACGAAUUUUUGUCGGGUUAUGCCAGGUGGGCGCAUGGGGAUGUUUUGAUGAAUUCAAUCGUCUCGAGGAACGCGUGCUCUCAGCCGUGUCGCAACAAAUAUUGGCGAUUCAGAGCGGAGUGUCGUCGUUAAAGGUUGGCAAGGUCGCUGCAAACGCGCACCCUCUCACGAAUGGCAGCGGUUCCACUACUACUAUCGAACUACUGGGCAAGAGCGUGAAAUUAAAUCCUGAUGUAGGUAUAUUUGUAACGAUGAACCCAGGCUACGCUGGUCGGUCGAAUUUACCCGACAACUUAAAGCAGCUAUUUCGGAGCAUUGCAAUGGUUGCCCCAGAUCGCGAACUGAUCGCGCAGGUGAUGCUUUUUUCUCAGGGAAUUACUACAGCCGAGCAUAUCUCUGCCAGGGUUGUACUUUUAUUCAAUUUGUGUGAGGACCAAUUGUCAAAACAGCCUCACUAUGAUUUCGGAUUACGCGCUCUUAAAAGUGUUCUCGUGAGUGCCGGUCAGCUUAAGCGAAAGAUAACUCAGUCACACGGUGUCACGACUUUAACAAGUAUCGAGGAGCUCGAGACGAAGGCGCUUAUUGGCUCAAUUACUGACACGAUCUUGCCAAAGCUUGUCUCAAACGACGUUCCUGUAUUUGAAACGCUUUUAAAAGGAGUAUUCCCUGGUACCGAAGCGCAAUGUAUCGAGGAGGAUGGUCUCCGUGAUAAGAUAAUCGAGCUGGCAAUAAAUGGAAAGUAUGUAGCAAAUGAUCAAUGGGUCGAGAAGGCAUUACAGCUUUACCAGGUUAUGCAGCUUCGUCACGGUGUAAUGCUUGUUGGUGCAUCUGGUACAGGAAAAUCGAGUGCUUGGCGUGUGCUGAUGAGUGCUAUGGAACAUGUGGAUGGCAUGAAGGGAGAAGCACAUGUCAUUGACCCAAAAGCUCUUUCGAAGGAGCAUUUGUACGGUGUGCUUGACAAUACGACACUUGAAUGGACAGACGGUGUGUUUACGCAUUUGCUUCGACAAAUUCUCAACAGCGUACGUGGUGAAAGUGAUAGGCGACACUGGAUCAUUUUUGAUGGUGAUGUCGAUCCAGAAUGGGCUGAAAAUUUGAACUCUGUGCUUGAUGACAAUCGCCUGCUGACGCUUCCAUCUGGCGAGCGAUUGGAAAUUCCUCCAAACGUAUGGAUAAUGAUGGAAACAGAGACUUUGCGCUUCGCCACUUUAGCAACUGUCAGUCGCUGUGGAAUGGUCUGGUUUUCGCAUGACACAGUGAGAACGUGCCACAUUGUUGAGCAUUAUUUAUUAAAAAUACGGGAUGAUGUGUCUGUCUCUUCUUCCUUUUCGCUCCACCCGAGUGAAAGUGAGCUCGCGAAAGAGGUCGCAUACAAAUAUGUUGCUCAAUUGCGAGACUUGGUUAAUCAAGAUGAAGGUAUGCCUUCACUGAUUGAGAUUUGUUUGGAGCAGGCAAUGGGUCAAGUACAUAUCAUGGAGGUCACGACGUUGCGGCUGUUGAUGUCGCUAUUUACAUUACUUGGUCGAGGAUUGUCUCGCAUACACGAGUACAAUGAAGGCCAUUCGGAUUUUCCAUUGACCGAUGACCAGAUGUAUCGCUUUGUGUCCAAGUGGCUUGUGUUUUCAAUCAUUUGGGGCUUCGGCGGCUCGAUGGAUGCAUCAAAUCGUGUUCUGCUGUGUGAUUUUGUCGUGCAAACGUUUGGAAAUCGAUUAGUAUUUCCUGCGCUUUCGUCGUCUAAUCCGGACAACAGUCUGCUUGAUUACGAAGUUAAUAUUGAUGACGGUGAAUGGCGCCAGUGGCUGCGAUUAAUUCCGCAGCUGGAUCUUGAAAGUCACCAGAUACUGUCUACAGAUGUCGUGGUGACCACUGUGGAUACAUUACGUCACGUUGAAGUGCUUCGAGGAUGGCUUUCGCAGCAUCGUCCACUUGUUCUUUGUGGCCCGCCGGGUAGUGGUAAAACGAUGACGCUAACAUCAACGAUCAGUUCGCUUCCGGAAUUUGAAUUCGCAAGUCUCAAUUUCUCGUCAGGCACCUCUCCAAAUUUAAUUUUAAAGACAUUUUCUCAGUAUUGCGAGUACAAGCGAACACCAAAUGGUAUGAUGUUAGCACCAAAUGCUCCAGGAAAAUGGCUUGUUGUUUUCUGCGAUGAAAUUAAUCUUCCAGAAGCUGACCGAUAUGGCACGCAGCGUGUGAUUACAUUUUUAAGACAGCUAAUCGAGCAAGGCGGCUUCUGGCUUGGCGGUAAAAACGCUUGGGUGAAAUUAGAACGCAUACAAUUCGUUGGCGCUUGCAAUCCACCCACGGAUCCAGGACGUGUUCCCAUUUCUCUUCGUCUACUACGUCAUGCGCCAGUGCUUCUGGUUGAUUUCCCAUCUUACCCCUCAUUAAAACAAAUUUAUGGAACAUUUAAUCGUGCUUUACUCAAGCUUACUCCAUCUUUACGGUCAUAUGUGCAACCGCUUACCGAUGCCAUGGUUGACGUAUACGAUAGCAACCAAAAGCACUUCACGGCUGAGAUGCAACCUCAUUAUAUAUACAGUCCUCGGGAGCUUUCACGAUGGAUGCGUGCGUUGUACGAAGCAAUCGAACCCUUAGAUUACGAGAUUGAUGUGCAAACCCUUGUCAAGCUAGUGUUUCACGAAGCUCUGCGGCUUUUCAUGGAUCGCUUAGUGACUUCAGAUGAACAAAAGUGGUGUUUUCGCAUGGUCAAAGAGACGUUGAGAAAUCAUUUUCCACAAAGUGCUACUGCUUUGGAAGUAGUUGAAUAUGGAGGCCAACAGCCAAUUUUGUUCAGUACGUGGCUUUCUAAAAAUUACACUGAAGCCACGACAACUGACUUGCGAAAGCAUAUCGAAGCUCGCUUGCGCGUUUUCUACGAAGAAGAGCUUAACGUUCAGCUUGUGGUUUUUGAUUCAGUAAUUGACCAUGUGCUUCGAAUAGAUCGCGUGCUUCGUCAACCACUCGGCCACCUGCUACUUGUAGGAGAAAGUGGCGCAGGAAAGACAGUACUAUCUCGCUUUGUUAGCUGGAUGAACGGAAUGUCCGUAUUUCAAAUCAAAUUGACUUCGAAUUAUACUCUAGAUAAUUUUGACGAUGAUCUUCGUAUUGUUUUGAAGCGUUGUGGCUGUGAAGCUGAAAAGAUUUGUUUCAUCUUUGAUGAAUCAAAUGUGCUGGAUUCUGCUUUCUUAGAACGUAUGAAUGCCUUGCUUGCAUCUGGUGAAGUACCUGGCCUGUUCGAAGAUGACGAGUACACAUCACUCAUGCAUGCUUGUCGUGAGGCUGUGCAGCGUGAUGGCGUCAUUGUGGAGAAUACUGAGGAUGAACUUUUCCGUUACUUUACGAAGCAGGUGCAGCGAAAUUUGCAUGUGGUCUUCACCAUGAACCCAGCUUCAGGGGGUUUCCAGAACCGCACUAAUACUUCUCCCGCUCUUUUCAAUCGAUGUGUUGUCGAUUGGUUUGGUACGUGGAAUGAUCACGCACUCGCGCAAGUGGCAUACGAAUUUACAAAUUCGCUAGAUCUUGCUGGAUCUUCUGACUUUUUAUUACCGGAUGAUGCUGCUGCGAUGUUGGCCAAAUUGAUCCCAUAUAUCGCGACAGGGACAUUUCAUGAUGUUCUGGUUGGAAGUAUAGUUCAAUUUCACCAUGCUGUCUUGCUUCACAUGCAACGCUUGCAGAAACGCCAUUUGAAGUUCAAUCACAUCUCCCCAAGGGACUACCUUGAGUUUAUUCGCCACUUCGUGUCAUUGUAUUCGGAGAAGCGUGCUCAACUCGAGGAUCAGCAACUUCAUUUAAACAUCGGCGUUCAAAAGCUUCAAGCUACUCACGAGCAGGUGGCAGAACUGCAAGGCCAGCUCAGCCUAAAAGAAAAAGAACUAAAGAAAAAAGACGUGGAAGCAAACGAGAAGCUGCAGCAAAUGGUGCAGGAGCAAAACGAGGCACAAGAGAAGAAAAAGGAUACCGAGGCACUUGCUGCUGAUCUUGCAAGUAAAGAUGAAGAGAUCCGUUCAAGAAAAGUUGUUGUUGAAGCAGACCUUGCACAGGCUGAGCCUGCACUUCUAGAUGCACAGGCAUCGGUGAACUCAAUAAGAAAAGCACAGCUCGAUGAGAUUCGAGCUCUCGCUCGUCCACCAGCUGCUGUUCGAAUGACAAUGGAAGCUGUCGCUGUAAUGCUGGGUGAGUCGAGCUUGGAGUGGGCAGACUUGCGUCGAUUUAUCCGAAAAGAUGAUUUUAUCUCGCAAGUGGUGAACUUUGACUCGGAAAAGCUUACAGCUCGGCAGCGACACUUGAUCCAGACGAAUUACGUUGACAAGGCUGAUGAGUUUGAUUACGAAAAAGUAAACCGUGCGUCAAAAGCAUGCGGGCCUUUGUACAAGUGGAUUGUCUCGCAACUUAGCUAUACCAAUAUUUUGCACAAGAUUCAGCCGCUGCGAGCAGAAGUUCAGACACUUAUUGACACUUCGUCGGAUUUGCGUGAAAGAUACGAGCAGGCCAAAAAAACCAUUGAUGCUCUUGAGAUACGCAUCGAAAAUUUCAAGCACGAGUAUGCGUCAUUAAUCAAUGAAGCCCAGAUCAUAACAAACGACAUGGCUUCCGUGUCGAACAAAGUGAAACGAUCUGUGGCGCUGUUAAAGAGUCUACUGCAAGAAAGUGAGCGGUGGGAAGCUGGCUCAAAUGACUUUGAUACGCAAAUGAAGACGCUUGUGGGCGACACGUUGCUGUCUUCUGCAUUUCUUACCUAUAUCGGCUUCCUUGAUUUUCAACAACGCAGAAUUUUGGUUCAGGACUGGCGAGACAUUCUAGACAUGAUGGGCAUCAGCACGAAGCCCCACUUGAGCUUUGUUGACUAUCUAUCGCGACCGAAUGAGCAACUUGAAUGGCAAAUGAGUGACUUGCCUUCGGAUGAAUUAUGUUACGAAAAUGCCAUUAUUCUGCAGCGAUUCCACCGUUUCCCGCUGAUCAUAGACCCUGCUGGCCAAGCAAACAGCUUCAUCAUGAAGUAUUACAGUCUUAAGACAAGUACAAAAAUUGCGCAAACAUCAUUUCUUGACAGCUCCUUUAUGAAAGUACUGGCUAGUGCCAUCCGCUUCGGCACUGCUCUAUUGGUUCACGAAGUGGAGAAUAUUGAUCCCAUUUUAAAUCCAGUACUAAAUCGUGAACUUUACAAGACGGGCGGACGCGUCUUGAUUCGUCUUGCCGGCGAGGAGAUCGACUACUCGCCAGACUUUCGUCUUUUUUUAAUUACACGAGACCCUUCAUGUCGAUUCUCGCCUGACAUAUGCAGCCGGGUGACGUUCGUAAAUUUUACUGUGACUCCGAGCUCGUUAGAAAGUCAAGGACUGAGCAUUCUUCUCAAAAGUGAACAACCCGAAGCAGAGGAAAAGCGCAAUAACCUAUUGAAGUUACAGGGCGAGUACCAGGCUAAGUUACGCGAGUUAGAGGACUCUUUGUUGCAACAAAUUAAUAAUGUACAGGGUAACAUUCUUGAUGACGAUCGCGUCAUCAAUGCUUUGGAAAGCAUGAAGGCAGAGGCUGCACAAAUUUCGCAGCAAGUUGCGGAAACUACAACAACCAUGGCAAUUGUCGAGAAAGCAACAACUCGAUACCGCCCACUUGCAAAGGCUAGUUCCCGAUUGUUUUUCGCGCUAGAAAACUUGUCUUCUGUUCACUUUCUGUAUCAGUACUCGCUAGACUUCUUUCUCUCCUUGCUGUCAAAAGUGCUGGCGCAAUCCACUCAAGGAGAUACUUCAACACGGCUUGCUAGCAUUUCUACGCGACUUUUUGUCCAGCUUGCUAGGCGCGUAAGUAGAGGUCUUGCCGAAAACGACAAGCUUAUGUUUGCAUUGCGACUAUCUCAGAUUUAUUUGGAGCUAGAACGCCAUAGUGCAGCCGUCGCCGAAGCCAGAACAGCAAUAAACGACAACAAUGAAUUUGACGGGCCUACGGAUGAGGAUGUGGAUGUGCUUCUAGGAAGCUCGUCAGCCUUUUCAAGCACUUAUAGUGAAGCACGGCGCAGUGAAUUCGAACAGUUGCUCCCAGCAUUUUCAGAGACGGAAUUCGAUCGAUUUAUGAAGUUAAUGAAUGUAUCUACUUUCCAGAACCUAGAGAAACAUGUGCGUGAGCACGCUGUCGAAUGGAAUACCUUUGUGAAGACUCCAUCAGCCGAAGAGGCUCUGCCCGAGUCGUGGGACGUAGACUGUUUAAAAGCUGCAGUGAGUCCACGUCGUGCCGCAUUUCGAAAUAUUAUCGUUAUUCAUUUCGUGCGUCCUGAUCGUAUCACUUUCGCAAUUGAGCGAUACAUCGAGCUGGUAUUUACGGCAUCAUUUCCGUGGCGUGGUGAAAUUGAAUUAUCCAGAAAUGUUGAAGAAGAUACUCAAGCAACGCGUGGUGUGCUGCUGUGCUCCACAACUGGUUUCGAUCCUAGUGCGCAGAUUGAUGAUCUCGCAGCAUCCUUGCAGAAAAAAUACAACUCCGUGUCCAUGGGUUCAUCGGAAGGUUUCGAUGCAGCCGAAAAAGGCAUCAACACGGCUCUCAAACACGGGACUUGGUUACUGCUGCGCAAUGUGCAUCUGUGUCCAUCAUGGCUUGCCAGUGUUGAAAAGAAACUGUACAAUGCGCGCGAAAGUGUUCACCCGGACUUUCGUCUCUUUCUGACAAGUGAAAUCAAUCCAAACCUUCCCGUAAAUCUUGUGCGUAUGUGCGAUAUCUUUGUAUUCGAGCCACCGAGUGGGAUGAAGCUAAGCAUGGUGCGCUCACUUGAUACUGUGGCAGCUGACCGCAUGAACAGUUCGCCAGCUGAACGUGCUCGGCUUUACUUAUUACUCGCUUGGUUUCACGCUUUAGUGCACGAGCGACUUCGAUUUGUACCAAUUGGAUGGUCGAAAACGUACGAGUUCAGUCAGUCAGACUUUCGCGGUGCUUGUGAUGUCAUUGAUCGCUGGGUGGACUCGGUUGCUAAUGGCCGCGUGCACGUUGCUCCGGAUCACAUUCCUUGGACUGCGAUCCGAACCACGAUGAAGGAGUCGAUCUAUGGCGGCCGUGUGGAUAACACAUUUGACCACGAACUAAUGGAUACGCUUCUAGAGCAUGUAUUCACGCCCGCUAGCUACGAAAAUACGUUUGAGCUUGUAGCUCCAAAUGAAGGUACAGGACUCGUGAUUGCCGAGGGCAAGACAAAAGCGCAGUUUAUGGACUGGGUUUACUCUCUACCUACCACAAAUCCACCCUCGUGGAUGGGACUGCCACGAUCGGCGGAAACGAUGGUGCUCAUCAAUCAGGGUGCACGAAUGCUACGAAAUUUGCAGGUGAUGCAAGACUUUUACGGUAGCGAUGACGGAAGCGCAGGCGCAGAAGUUGAGAAUAAGAUGGUCCUGAGCACUGCUGCUAAUGAUGGCGAGGAUGUUCGACCGAAGUGGGUACAGGAUCUGGAUCGUCGUGUUGGUACUUGGCUGAGUCUGUUUCCGGAUGACGGACUUCCUGUGCCGACGAAUCGUGAUCCAGUACACUUCGGCGAUCCUGUUUACCGCUGCAUGUUCCGAGAGCUAGAACUUGGAGCCAAUUUUCUAGGUGAAGUGGUUAGUUUGCUUCGUACUGUACAGCAGGUUUGCGCAUACAAAGUCAAACCGUCGAAUGAAACACGUGAGGCUAUGCAGACGCUCUAUAAGGACCACGUGCUUCAGCGAUGGAUGCAACUAUACCGCGUCUUAAACGAGCUUAGCCUCAGUGAGUGGUUACUAGACUUCUCUCGACGCGUGCAUCAAUUAAAGGCGCUAUCGCAAGUGGCUCCGACGCAGAUUUUGCAGCAACCUAGAGGAAUCUGGCUCGGUGGGUUUUUCUCACCUGAAGCUUUCGUAACUGCCGCCCGUCAAAGCGCGGCAGCUGAUCUUGGCUGCUCUCUUGAUGAUUUGCAAUUGCUCGCUGACGUGGAGGAACUCUCGACCUCUUCAGCUGGUGGUUUCACUGCCCGUGGACUUUUGCUAGAAGGUGCCACGUGGAAUUCACAAGGUUUUGCACCGUCAAAUGACAUUCGCAACAGUUUGUCGGCGCUUCACUUUCGUUGGGCACCAAAAUGCGAAAGCAAAAGCGACUUUCGACUGCUUCCAGUGUAUUCAAACAGCAAGCGCGAGGUGUUACUUUUCUCAGUGGCGGUCAAUGUUGAAGAUACUUCAUUUUCAAAAAUGCAAUGGGUACAGCGCUCUGUGGCACUUGUGCUCUGGGAUCUGCAGUCUUAA